AGAUUGGUUCAACAAAGAGGAGACUAAUUCUACUGACUUCCAUCAGGCUAUAUUUUUCUGCUUUGCUUAGAGAGUAGCGAUUAUAUCAAUGAUAUAACAUCUUGCUGUCAACAACACUAAUUCACCAAGUGCUACCACGUGUUAAAUUUCAUCAAACAACCUAGAAAUACCUGCACGUCCCUUGAAUAGCGACCCAUGCAAGGCCCAGGAAUCAACGAUGGCGCUCCAUUCACUACCAUGGCUGAGAAGCUACAUCCCAAACUCCUUAAAGCCCUCGACGUGAUGGGGUUCGAGUUCAUGACGCCUGUCCAGCACAAUGUCUUGACCGAACUCCCCGACUGGCGCAGUGACUGCCUCGUCCAGGCCAAAACCGGGACUGGCAAGACCCUUGCCUUUCUGCUACCUUCAUUGCACUGCCUACUCCAGGGCCAUUCGGCACCAAGAGGCCAGGUCGCCAUCUUGAUCAUUACUCCCACGCGAGAGCUCGCCCAGCAAAUUGCGAAGUCGUGUGAUCAGCUCACAUCGCAACUUGCAAUGCCUCUUGAAUGCCAUAUUGCAGUUGGUGGGACGGCUCGCGCGUCUGCCCAUUCGCGCUUCAUGAAGGGGGCGCCGUCGAUUCUUGUAGCAACCCCCGGACGACUAAAGGACUACCUAUCUGAAGAAGCCACGGCUGAGAAGCUGUCUAACAUCCAAACUCUGGUUUUGGACGAAGCCGACACGAUGCUGGAGACUGGCUUUCUAGCUGACGUGAAGCGAAUCCUCCAGCUCAUUCCUCCAAAGAGCGCUGGCUGGCAAGGAAUGUGCUUCUCAGCCACUGUUCCACCCAAAGUCAAGGAUGUGGUCAGUGUUGUGCUGAAGCCAGGUUAUACUAGCAUUUCGACAAUUGAGAAGAAUGAAGCGCCGACGCAUGAGAGAGUUCCCCAGUACCACGUGCUGAUGCCGUCCGUGGCAGACACCUUCACCACACUCGCCUCUCUUCUCAAGCUCGAAAUCAAAGACAACUCUAAAAUCAUUGUCUUCGGUAUUACUGCAAACAUGGUUGCCCUUUUCGCCCGAGUGUUUUCCCAGGGCUUAACUUCUUUGACAGUGCUUGAGAUGCAUUCCAGGCUCAGCCAGAGCGCUCGCACAAAAACCACCACUCAAUUCAAGGAGGCAGCGUCCGGGAUCAUGUUCGCUUCAGAUGUCAUCGGUCGUGGCAUGGAUUUCCCUAACGUCGACUUGAUCAUCCAGGUCGGUCUGCCAUCGAACGGCGAACAGUACGUUCAUCGUGUCGGCCGUACAGCCCGCGCGGGCAACGACGGCCGCGCUAUCAUCCUCCUCACACAAGCCGAAUCUUUCUUCUUGAGGAACAACCGCCACCUGCCUAUCAAACCUCACCCUCAAACCGGCGCUAUCAACGCGGAUGCUUCGUCAUGCGCCGACGCCGUCACCCAGGCCCUGUAUGGCGUUGAUGAGGAGGUGAAACAACGUGCCUACUCAUCUUUCCUAGGCUUCUUUGCCGGAUCGGGCCUGAUGAGGCAGCUUCGCCUCGACAAGCCCGGUCUUGUUCAACUCGCAAAUGAGAUGGCCGUUAAAGGCAUGGCGUGCCCUGGGCCUCCACCAAUGGACAAGAAGGUCGUUGGCAAGAUGGGUCUGAAGGGCGUUCCUGGAUUCAAUUAUGGGAGCGGACAGGACUGGAGUGGAAGCAUAUUUAAUAGACCGCGCGGUCCUCCUACGGGCAAGACUCGUGAUAUGCUAAGUCCUGGAGCCGGUCAAGGAGACCGUGGUGGGGUUGAGAAGAAGCGUGGAGGACAUCGCGGUGGAGGACGCGGAGGGCGUGGAGGGCGUGGAGGGCGUGGGGGAAAUCGGAGAGGCGCAUAAGUCAAGCGCAUUGUCCGAACUCUUCUCUUCUUUUUCGAUGUUUUAACGCAAAUCUUUCAGGUCAAACUAUAUAUGUGUUGGGGUAUCCCUUGCUGGUAGACAUUCCUUGCUGGUCUUGGUCACAUCUUUAGUUUCCAGGGAUCGUAUGAAGAAGAUCUGGCUAUUUGUUGACGCUCCUUUGUUCCAUGCCGGCCUUAGCUAAACCAUCGUUCUGAGGGUUCAUACAGGAACCCCAUAACAUAUGGCUUCUCAUAGUCAUAGGAAUAUUAGUGGCAUCAAUGCUGGUUGUGCCUUCACCC